UGGGUCUGGUUUCUUCACGAUAUGGCAAAGGAGACCCUAUUCGGGAUGAUGAAACAUCCAAGCGAGAAGCGAGCAUUUGAAAUGAAGGCGCGGAGUGUGUCCGGCAAGGCACCGUGAGGAGGACAAAGCACGUCCGCGUUCGCCGCAUUGUGAGGGGAGACAAGACCGACGAGUACCUCAACCCGAGACUUUUGGAGCACAGACCACGUGUUGUGACGGGGUGACGUCACGGACCCCGGGUUUUCCCGAACGGCUUUUUCGUGCAACUUGACUGCCACGUCGCGUCAACUUCCCGGAGCACCGGGAGGAAUGUCUUACGAGAAUGUCGUCUUGGACCUGAACAGGACCUUAACGAACAUGGCUGAGCGGCUCUUAUAAAGGGAUAGUCAUGGGUUUCUCUACCCUCCUGCUGGCGAGUGCUGUGUCCUCACUGGGAGGUCUGGUUUUUGGUUACGAACUGGGCAUCAUCUCUGGUGGUCUGCUGCAGCUCAAGGUUGAGUUCGGACUCAGCUGCAUCCAGCAGGAGGCGCUGGUCAGCUCCCUGUUGAUCGGAGCCUUGCUAGCCUCUCUGGUGGGAGGAGCCCUGAUCGACCGUUACGGCUGCAGAAAGUCCAUCCUGCUCAGUAAUGUCCUAAUGACGACUGGAAGUCUCAUCUUGCUUAUCAGCUCCUACCCGACCCUAUUGUUUGGCAGGUUCACAGUGGGCUUCGCCAUGUGCCAAUCCUCCAUGUCCUGCUGCAUCUUUGUGUCGGAGAUGGUAACUCCUGAGCGUAGGGGCUUUUUGGUAACACUGUACGAAGCUGGGAUCACUGUGGGCAUCCUUGUAGCUUACACCAUGAACUACAUUUUGUUUGACUUACAAAUGGGCUGGAAGUGGAUGUUUGGCUUAGCUGUAGUACCAACCUUGAUUCAACUUGUCUCUAUAUGGUUCCUCCCGUCGAACACUGAGGUGCAAUGUACAGAUAUUCAUCCUGAAACAGCUCUUAUGACUGCCAUUGAAACCCAAGACGAAGCGCGCUCUAACAGCAGCAAUGAAGGCGAGGUGGUGCAGUAUGAUGUCAUGUACCUUUUCCAGCGUAAAGACAACAUGAGGACCCGCACCAUCAUCGGGCUAGGACUGGUGCUUUUCCAGCAGUUGACAGGCCAGCCAAAUGUUCUCUUUUAUGCCUCCACCAUAUUUCACAGCGCAGGGUUUCAGAGCGACAACUCUGCAGUGCUAGCAUCGGUUGGUAUUGGAACAGUCAAAGUGAUUGCCACGCUCACCUCCAUGGUGUAUUCUGACAAAGUGGGAAGGAGGCCUUUGCUCAUCAGUGGAUGCUGUGUCAUGGGUUUUUGUCUGAUAUGCAUCGGACUUCUCAGUGGAAAUUCACUAAAGGACUCGAUGGGGCCUUGUAGCUCAGAGGACUCAAUUGGCAACAAAACGAGUCAACUUCAUUUAACAGUUGGAAAUGACACACCUCUGAACACACCUUUUGAUGAGGACCAUAAACUUCAAGCUGCUGGUGCACUAGUUGUUCGAAACCAAACAGAAAAACCUCUGACACCUGCCAUGGAAUCUUCUCCCAGCAUUCGUGACAAAGUUUUCAGCUGGAUCAUUCUCAUGUGCAUGAUGGCAGUUGUCACUGCAUACUCCAUUGGAUUUGGACCAAAAGAUACACCAGGUACUCUCCUGCCUGCCUCUCUGAUCACCUUGGCCGCAGCGGUCCAGUCUUCUGGAAGCUCCUCCCGUCCACCGAGAGCCCGUCUCACCUCUUCCCGAAAAGCUGAACAACACUCGUCCUGUCUCAGCUUCCACCACAUGGUUCUCUGCUCUGCCUUUGUCUACCUCAUCUUCCUCCUCACCACCAGAGUCCUCUUACACACCACCAUCCUAUGCUGUCUAGCCACACUCUCCCCUACCACUACCUUACUGUCUGUAACCUUCAUAUUACAUCGUCUGCACAAGAUAUAAUCCACCUGCAUGCUUCCACUUCCCCUCUUGUAGGUCACCCUAUGUUCCUGCCUCUUCUGGAAGAAAGUGUUCACUACAGCCAUUUGCAUCCUUUUUGCAAAGUCUACCACCAUCUGUCUCUCCAAGUUCCUUUCCGAGAUGUCGUACUUACCCAUCACUUCUUCAUCACCAUUACAUCCAUUGCCCAUUACAAUCUGCACCAAUCACGACUCUCUCUUUGUCUGGGAUGCUCAGAACUACUUCGUCUCGCUCCAUCCAGAAUGUCUCUUUCACCUCGAGGUCCCAUCGUACCUGUGGGGCAUAGCCGCUAAUCACAUUACACAUGACAGCCUCAAUUUCCAGUUUCAGCCUCAUCGCUCGAUCCGAUACUCUUUUCACCUCCAAGACAUUCUAAGCCAACUCUUCUUUUCAAAUAACCCCGACUCCAUUUCUCUUCCCAUCUCCACCAUGGUCAAAUAAUUUAAAGCCUCCACCUAAACUUUUACCCUUACUGCCUUUCCACCUGUUCUCCUGGACACACAAUAUAUCAACCUUUCUCCUCAUCAUCAUGUCGACCAACUCCCGAGAUUUUCCUGUCACCGUCCCAACAUUCAAAGUCCCCACAUUCAGUUCGAGGCUCUGUGCUUUCCUCUUCUCUUUCCCGCUUUCCACUUCUCCUUUGCCUUCGACCCACAGUAGCUGAAUUUCCACCGGCGCCCUGCAGGUAACAACGUGGCGGACGUUGUUAACCUGGACCAGGACCGAUCCGGUAUGGAAUUCUUUGGAUGAGAGCGCAUAUUUGUUUGGCAAAGUUUUAAGCCUGAUGCAGCCCGAUGGGGGGGCUGCAUUAAGAACAAUGGUAUUGCAAUAACUUAAUUAAAUAGAUGUGCAUUAUGAAUAAAGUGCCACAAAAUAGGCCAAAAAUUUGUAAAUUCGACACACCGCAGAAAAGAUGAUAACAAGCCAGACAAUGAAUGAAUGAAUAAAAAAAAAUUGCAAAGUAUGUAAAAUUUGGCUUCAAAAUGGUCAAGACUUGAGACAUUCGCUGAGCUUCAAGAUGCUGUGGGGCAGGGGUCUCAAAUUCAAAUUCACGGUGGGCCAAAAUAAAAAAUUAAGGUCACGGACCAAACUCAAUAUUUAAUGAAGAAUCACUGUGAUGUGCAUGUUUCCCUUCUCUGCAGAAAUAUAGCGUUAAAGUUUAUCAUAUCACAACAAACUUAAAUUGUGCUUCAAAACUGAAUCUGGAAUAAGAAAACUUUAAUAUUAUCAGAAUCAGAAUCAUCUUUAUUUGCCAAGUAUGUCCAAAAAAAACACACAAGGAAUUUGUCUCCGGUAGUUGGAGCCGCUCUUGUACGACAACAGACAGUCAAUUGACAGAGAACACUUUGGAGACAGAAAGACAAACAAUACUCUGAGCAAUAAAGGGUUGCUAGUUAUCUGGUAAUGCCGGUACAUUUUUUUUUUUUGACAAUGGUGCAAAAGAUGCAGAGUCCUCUAGCACUUAGAGCAGUUCGAAUGACUAAUAUUGCAAUAGUCCGGCGCAAUGACCAUUUGUGCAAAGGGCGCCGAGACUUCAAGGAGUGGAUGCGGUUUCAAGUGACGAGUAGUGCGAUCAUCUGGGACAAUGUCGAUUGUGCAAAUGUUGCAGAUACUCCUCAAUCAGUGAGCAGAUGCUACUCUGGCAUGAGUGGCCAGUAUUGGUCAACAACAGAUAUGCAAAUAGUGCAGCGUGGCGAGACAACUACGGUGAGUGUACGAGGAAUGUAUAAUUGGCCCCACAGAAAUGUGACAACGAACUCAAGUCAAAAAAUUGCCAGCAUGUUGCAAUGGAAUUGUAGGUUAGCUGUUUAAGAAGUUGAUCGCAAGAGGGAAGAAGCUGUUGGAAUGUCUGCUUGUUCUAGUUUGCAUUGAUCGGUAGCGGCUACCUUAUGGAAAGAGCUGGUGACCGGGAUGCGGAGGGUCCGAGAGGAUUUUGCACGCUCUUGUCUUAGUUCUGGCAGCGUGCAAGUCCUCAAGGGUGGGUAAGGGGGUACCGACAAUCCUUUCAGCAGUUUUGAUUGUCCGUUGCAGUCGGAGUUUGUCCUUUUUUGUAGCAGCACCAAACCAGACUUUGAGGACGGAGUUGAUGUUGGUCGCCCACUUCAGGUCCUGAGAGACUGUAAUUCCCAGGAACUUGAAGGUCUCGACGGUUGACACGAGGCAGCUGGACAACGUGAGGGGCAGCUGUGGCGAAGGAUGCCUCCUGAAGUCCUCGGUCAUCUCUACAGUCUUGAGCGUGCCUGUCAGGAAGCUCUAAAUCCACUGGCAGAUGGCAGGUGAGACGCUGAGCUGGAGAAGCUCGGAAGAAAGGAGUUCAGGGAUGAUGGUGUUGAACGCUGAGCUGAAGUCCACGAACAGGAUCCUCGCGUAGGUCCCUGCACUGUCGAGGUGUUCUAUGAUGAAGCGCAGUCCCAUGUUGACUGCGUCAUCCGCAGACCUGUUUGCACGGUAGGCAAACUGCAGGGGGUCCAGCAGGGGACCUGUGACGCUCUUGAGUUGGUCCAGCAUGAGACGUUCAAAGGACUUCAUGACCACAGAUGUCAAGGCGACAGGCCUGUAGUCAUUUAGACCCGAGAUUGCAGGUUUCUUGGGGACUGGAAUGAAACAGGAUGGUACUUCGCACAGUUCCAGAGAUCUAUUGAAGGUCUGUGUGAAGACUGGAGCGAGCUGGUCCGCGCAGACUUUGAGGCAGGAUGGGGACACAAUGGUCCGGGCCUGCCGCUUUGUUAAUCUUUUGUUGUUUGAAGAUGCGUCUCACAUCCUGUUCGUGGAGGAUCAACGCAGAAGGCAGAGGUGUGAUUGUGGUCGCGGGUGCGGCCGGCUGGGUGUGUGGUGUGAAAGUGUCCUUUUCAAAUCGGCAGUAGAAGUUAUUCAAGUCGUUGGCUAGUGUGCUAUUGUUCCCAGCUUGGGGGGGAUCGUCGCUUGUGAUUGGUCAGCGAAUGGAAUGCAUGCCAGACUGAUUUAGAGUCGUGAGUUUUUGCUGCAUAGUUCCUCUUUGCAAUGUUAAUUUCUUUAGUCAGCUGGUUUCUAGCUCGAAACAUGAGAAAUCAAAUUUGCAAUAAAAAACAUCAGUGUUAUUUGUUGGUUGUUCUGUAUUUAAAUGGAUACAAUAAAUUGAAAUCUUCUAUUUAUUUAUCUCCAACUACCUUCCUUUGUGAUGUAAAUCUUUUUUCAAAGGCCAACAAGAAAAAACAACCCAAAAUUGUCCUUCAAUAAAAAUCCAAACUUCAAACUGUUAACAGUCCCUACGUAGGAGUUGAUAAAGGGCAUUCAAAAGAAUAUUCAUCCGAUUAUGUUAUUUCCCUUGUUGUAGUGGCGUUGCCCCGCACACGACAAGCAGGUCUGUCUGUCUGUCCGUCCGUCUGUCUGUCUUUUACUUUAGCCAACAGACGAUCUGCCUCCCACCUGUCUUGGAAGUGAACCGUUUUCCAUCUUUCGUUUGGCCAUUUUUGCGAAGGGGAAGUGUAAAUUUGCUCGAGGAGACCGGUAGCAUAGUUGGUAACGACUGCAACUCGCCGGUCUAGACUGAUGGGCCGACACACUAGCAAAGCAUUGUGGGAUUUGUAAUAUUAGUGGCGCAGCUCUAAUACACAUUUGAUCUGGGCUCGCGGGCCAAACAUAAUUACAUCGUGGGCCAAAUUUGACCCCUGGGCCAGAGUUUGACACAUAUGCUGUGGGUUGUCGCCGUGUACUCUGAAAUCCCGCCUCCAGCUGUCAAUCAAAUACUUCCAUCGAGACAAAUUCCUCGUGUGUUUUUGACAUAUUAGGCAAAAUAAAGAUGAUUCUGAUUCUGAUCUAUGGCGGUUCCCAUUAUGUGUUGGCAUUAUGCUAGCUCACUUGGAGGCAAAGUUAUGUGGUGGUUUUAAAUACACAAUGUGUCAUAUUUUUGCUUUGUUUCGUUUGACAGUCAACUUUGAGGCCCGCUACUUUUCAAAGAUUUCUUCACGAUGCCAAACUGCUACUUGUGAAGCGAGCCGAGUUGAGUUCAAUUAUCACCGUGCAACGCUCGUAUCGCAAACCUUUGCUUGCAAAUCAAAGCAGAAACAAACCCAACCAUCCCAACGAGAGCUCCGUGUCUGCCAAAACUCGAACGUCAGGCCGUUCGUAUCUCAAGGCACUACUACUGUGCAUGCUUACUGUCAACCUGAAUACGGCGGUAUUUUCAGCCUGAAAAUACUGCCGGUAUAACAAGGGAUAAUGUAGCCUUCAUUUGUUGUUUGCUAUAUAAGUAUUUUUGCAGUGACUUGAGUUUUUAGGGUUUUGGUUUCAUACUGCACCACAUUGAAUUUGAAAACAAAGACUGCAGACUUUCAUCGGUUUCCCAAAAUAUGGCAUUCAUCAUUUAGGAAUUGCAGUGAUUUUAUGCACAGUCCAUGGUUAUUACAGUUGUUACUCGAUUUUGAUACUGUUAUCCGUUGCUCUUGCUCUUGCUCUCUUUCGAUGUGUUUGUAUUGUUCCAAAAGUGUGUUUCAAUACCUUAAAAAAGUCCAAGUGCCAUAAAUGGUAUAAAAUACGCAUGCCUAGGGUGGAACCUAACCCCAGUGAGGGAGGGAGAUGGCUGUAUCUCCGCUUAUGUUAUCGGUUGAAAUACUUCAAUAAUAUUUUGCCGACCUUGAUACAGUUACUAAUAUUCUUGCAAAAACACCUUACACAGCGGUUGUUCAAAGACUACUUCUCCUUUAUACGUGUAUAGGUCACACUGCAUUAUCUUCACUAAACAUGGACUAUGUUCGAUUGUUUUCUCUUAUCCUGUGAUGAUCUUGUCUGACGUCAUCGUCCUCUGAUUUAGUAAAAACAAAAAUCACCCCCAACCGCAAACAUAGUCAACGGUCUAAUCAGUCAUUAGUCAAUAUUAGCAAGUCACAGUGUUGCAUGCACAGCCCUAAAUGAAGACCGACGCAAAGGCAGCAGGACCCACCAACAAGCAGCAACUAAAGGGAGGUGCACUUUAGGUCUGGGAAAGCCAAAGAGGAAAUUUAGAAUUGAGUGUUUUUCGUGGGCUCCAGAAUUCAGGCAAUCAUUGACUCAAAGUGCUUUCAAAAAUAAUUUGAAUGAUUGUCCAAAUACUAAAUCGAGGUAUUCUGCUUAAAAUGGCCCUAUUUCCUAAAUAGUAAAUGCCAUAUUUUUAUGAAACGUCUUAAACGUCUCCACCUUAAGGAACAAAAUAUCAACGUAAUAACGCUCUUUUAUUGUCGAAAUAUUUCUGGACCUAACUGUACCUCGUAAGCAUAGAAACAGAAGCUCUUGUUUGUUUGCUGCAGUGACCUGGCUCCUCCUCACUGAAAUAUUUCCCGCUGCUGUGAGAGGAAGAGCCUUCGCAUUCGCCAGCUGCUUCAACUGGAGUGCCCACCUCUU